AUGUACCACUGUAAAGACCUUGUCACAAAGAGUACAUCAGUAGUUGUUGCUUCCAGCACGACAGCGGGGGUAACAACCAAUACCGAAGCGCCAUCUACUGCUUCAGAUAUAACGACAACUGCUGGACUUACCACGAUCGAAGCGGCAUCUACUAGUUCUGAUGUUACAACGAUAACUGCUGGAACAACCACGACUGAAGCGACAUCUACCGGUUCUGAUGUUACAACAACUGCUGGAACAACCACGACCGAAGCGACAUCUACCGGUUUUGGUGUUACAACGGCAACUGCUGGAACGACAACAACAGCAGCAGGAGGCUGCAAAAUCGAUGUUUUAUACGUAUUUGAAAGAAGUUACUACACCAGACAUGACCUAACAGACAUCAACAGUUUCUUCACUGGUUUGACUGAUGGCCUAAAUAAUGCUACCCAUGAGCUUGAUCUGAAAAUCGGUUACAUGACAUACGACUCCAAUGUUGACUACGAAAGAGCUUUCACCACCAAUCUAACACAAGUAAAACUGGAAAUUGAGGCCAUACCAACAUCGUAUUACUCCUCCUAUUAUACUAAAAAAGCACUUGAAUAUGCAUAUUACGAAUUUGUGAAGCUGGAGAAUGGCAGACGUUCUGAUGCUUAUACUUAUUAUGUUCUGCUGAGUGCCCACAAAAGUUCCAGUUAUCCAGCGGCUGGUAUCGGAUCUUUAAUCAGGACGAACAACAAAAACAAAAUGUUUGCAGUGGGUUGGCUUCCGAGUUCAAGUUUGGAGAGCGACCUGAUAGCUGCUGUGGGAGACAGUGAUAACUAUUUUGCCAUUGACAGUAUUAGUGCUGACCUUGUACCUGAAAGACAGGCACUUCUGGAGAAACUCCUCAUAUGUCCCUCCGUCACCAUGACACCCAUACUGCCAAAUUGCAAGCUUGAUAUUGCUUUCGUGGUUGACAACUCGUACUACACAGAUGCAAAAUACACGUCCACAUUCAUUUCUGAGGUGUUAGAUGGUAUCGAUAUUACUUCCGGUGACAUACGAGUAGCAGUUGUCACCUAUGCAUCUACGGCUGUAACUCUUUUUGAUUUGAACACUUUCAACACCUCUGAUGGUAUUCGGCAGGCAGUGGAGGCCAUGCCAGACACAUCGUCAUACUCCCGGAAUCUAAACAUCGGUUUAGAGCAUGCGCGUGAUAAUAUUUUUACACCAGCCAAUGGAGACAGAUCUGAUGCAUGGAAUUAUUACGUGUUCACUGCGACAUCGUCAUCAAACACCGACUCCAUAGGAAGGGGGAUCAGAGCGUCAGGAUCUGAUUACCUGUUUGCUAUAGAUAUAGGAACUUCGUAUUCUUCGGAGUGGAAAGCCACGAUUGACACGUGUGGAGAUGAAUCAAGGUACAUCUAUAUAUCUAACGAGAACAACCUGCCGACCAUCAGAAGUAAUGUCACUUCUCUCAUCACCACUUGUCCUUUGAACAACAGUGAAGUUCAGUCAACAAUUUUUCCUGAGUGUAAGAUAGAUCUAGCAUUCCUGUUAGAUGACAUAUCUAGCGUAUCAACCACAGAAUUUGAGAAUCAGAAGCUCUUUAUAAUUGACCUGAUGAAGAGAAUCAAGAUAUCGGAUGAUGGCAUCAGGGUAGCUCUGGUAACCUACGGAAACGAUGGGUUCAUGGUAUUUUCACUGAAUCAUUACAACUCAUCGGAGGACGUACAGACUGCUAUCCAGAAUAUCGCUAAUGGAAACACUGUCUAUAGCCGAUCGUACAGAUACGUGGACAGAGCUAUAGAAUACGCGUUAGAAAAUGUCUUUACGAGUGGAAGUGGAGAUCGGAUGGAUGCCUUGGAUUAUUACGUCUUGAUUACGCACGGUUAUGAUUACGGGGAUGUGGAAAAUUACGUUCCGGCUCUGACGUCUGAUCCCACGAAGGAAGUUUUCAUCAUAGUGGUGGACUAUUCCUCUACUGGAGUGUACCAAGCGGCUGUGGACUCGGAUCACUUCUUUUCUUGGUCAUCCUUCUCCAGUCUUACUUGUAACAGCCACAACUUCUUGACAAACUUUACACAUUGCCCAUCGUCUCAGACAUCACCUGUAAAUGUGACAACUCCAGAUUGCAAAUUAGACAUUGUCUUCAUCAUUGAGGCUAGUUCGUCAUCUAAGGAUGCAAACUUCUUGUAUCUGAAGUACUUCUUCGCUAACUUAGCAUCUCAAAUCAACGUCUCGCCGACCUCCACCAGGAUCGCCACUAUAACAUACAACAAUGACGAAACUACACGGUUUGAUUUACUAACAUACUCCACUUCCGCUGAGGUCGCUUAUGCUAUUAAACAGAUCCCAGAUGAUGACACGUCAAAGAAUAAUGUAGAUAACGCACUAGCGUAUGCCGAAUCCGACAUUUUCACAGCAGCUAACGGAGACAGAGCGGAUGCAGACAACUUCUAUGUGUUUUCUAUCGAUGGAAGUCGAUCGGGGACAGCUACGGAAGGCCAACGAAUACGUCAGGACUCGAGCAACCACAUCUUUGCAAUAGAUAUUGCUAGUGGUUAUCCUACGGAGUGGAAAAGUACUGUAGGAGACGAGGCAAAGUAUUUUUAUGCAUCUUCGUAUUCCGAUCUAACGUCGAUAGAAUCUGCUGUUCUUACCGCGAUAACAACAUGUCAAGUCACCACCACCACAACUCAACAGACCACCACCACCACAACUCAACAGACCACCACCACAACAACUCAAGAGACCCCCACCACAACACCCCAACUAACCACCACCACAACACCCCAACUGACCACCACCACAACACCCCAACUAACCACCACCACAACACCCCAACUAACCACCACCACAACACCCCAACUGACCACCACCACCACUGCAACUCAAGCUACUACCACAACAAGCACCACAUCAACAGAACAGACUACUACAACAACAGAGCAAUCAUCAACGUCUUCUACAUCCCAAUCAACCACAUCAACAGAGCAGACAACCACAACAGGACAAUUAUCAACAUCGUCCACAUCCCAAACAACCGCAACAACUGAACAUAUAACAACAGACCAAUCAUCGACAACAUUUCAAAGUACCACUACACCACAGUCAACAACAGCAACAGACACUACCACAACUACAUCCCUGCUUUCAACUCCAGAAUCACAAAUAACCCAGUCAAGCACAACUACAUCCCAAAACACAGUAACACAGGGCACAACAUCAUCAUUAACCACUUCGGGAACAGACACCACAUUAACAACAACUUCAGUACCGACAACUACUAAACCGCCACAAGCAAAAUGUGGAGCUCAAACCAUAUCCUACUCUGAUUUCAACUCACUAAAGUCGGGAGUAGAUAACGACAUUGAUAGGAUGUAUUUAAUGACCGAUGCUAGUUUUGUUAUGACGUGUUGCGGGCGGAUCUCAGAAUGGGAAAUCCACCAUUCCGUUUCUGGUUAUGUAGAUCUUGUAGUGUGGCGACCAACGGCUGCGGGACUGUAUAAAGUGGUCGGUUUCAACUCUAUCUUAGUUGACGGAGCUAAUACAACGAGUUUUUCUGUGCUAGAUGAUGAGAGGAUUGCGGUUGUAACAGGAGAUUUGAUUGGAUGGCGCUGUGCUUUAGAGAAUGUAGUGACGUAUGGAAGCUGUGCCGGGUCUCCUGGUUGCCCUACAAACACCCGGAAAGCUGUCGGACGCGGUGACUUAGCACCAGGGAUAGAGUUUGACUGGAACAACAUUUCCACCCUUCAGCCUGGAGUGGCUUAUGCCGUCAGAUACACAUUAGAAGACAAUACACCGAUUAAUUUUCCACCAUACAAUUUAAGUGUAAAGGAUCACAUCAAAGUUGGAGGUUAUGUGGCGGAUCUAGGUUUGGAAGGAGUGGAUUACAUGGAAGAUGUCACUUAUCAAAUCCUCCCGGAUCCUGCUGAUGUUAAUCAAACAUGGAAAUAUUUUUCCGUAAAUUCAAGAGGGAUAAUGAGGACAACACGUCAGCUGCCCAAGUCUAAAUAUUUAGAUACCCACUACAUGAUAGUCACCGCGGAGGAUUCGUGUGACAAUAGCGCUACAGUCUCAGUAGAAAUCGCCACAGUCAACUGGCCACCCUUCAUACACUCGUUACCAAACAGCAUCUCUAUAAAGGAAAACACGCCUCCCAAUGACGUCAUCUACACCACUGAAGUGACCGACGCCUAUGGUGAUCCUGUGUGUUGCACAUUGUCUAAUACUCACCCACAAACGUUCAAUUUCAACGUUACAAAUGACCCUCCAGGCUCGUCUACCUACCACGUCAUCACCACAGACAGGGCGAAGUUUGUGUACAAGGACUUCAACUCCUAUUUGGUUUACAUGUGCUGUGAUGACACUGAGGAUAGGGCUCAGAGUAUUCUGACAGUGAAUAUAAAAAAGCCAGCUAAAAGUACGGAUUACAAGCCCCCUCAGUGGUUUUUGACGUCCAUUAUUGCGGCUGUAGUGCCAAUAACCAUUAUCCUCGUCACCGGAUGCGGCUUGUUGUGUCACACGAUGUUUGCUACGUGAUAUCCAAAUUAGAAAAAGCGAAUGCCCGGUGUUCAUAGUUGCUCCGUUUUAUGGACAUCAUAUGAACAGCAAGAAUAGUUAAACAAAAUUGAUUUGGUGUAUCAGUUUGAGUAGUUUGUACCAUAAAGUAGUUUGUACUAUAAAGUAGUUUGUUCUAUAAAGUAGUUUGUACCAUAAAGUAGUUUGUACUAUAAAGUAGUUUUAUCUAUAAAGUAUGUACUAUAAAGUAGUUUGUACUAUAAAGUAGUUUGUACUAUAAAGUAGUUUGUACUAUGAGAUAGUUUGUUCUACCCAGAAGCUUGUACAAUAAAGUAGUUUGUUCUAUAAAUCAUGUUUUAAUUUGCUACAGCUUGAGCCAGAGACGUCUUCCUAUAACUAAAUUCUGAUUGCUGUAUGUCUGUCAGUUAGAGGUAAUGGACGUAGUAAUUUUAAUUUUACAAAUACUUUAAUCCAUGUUGAGGGCAACGUUGCCACCAAUGAACUGCACUUAACAAAAUA